AUGGGAGCAUCGAUGCCAAUGGUUACCAAGGCGACAGUAUAUUUUAUAAACAACACGAAGCCAGACAUCAUCGAACAGUUUUCAAAGAUGAUGACUGAUGAAGAAAAAUCGAAAAUAGCGAAACUACUACAUGAUGUCGCUGUCAAAGAAAAUCAAUUACCUGAACGUUGUUCUGGUCUUGUAAAAGAUAUUCGGGAAAAGUUCGGUAAAGAUUCUAAUGAAGACGAGGACAAAGUCGAAUCCGUUGACGAAACGUAUGAAAAUCCAUACAUAGUUGAUAAAUCACAACUUGAAGAAAUAGAAAGGAAACUGGAACCAUUGAUGUCAAAAAAUAAAAGAAAUAGUGUAGCGUCUCCUAAUCUAAUAGGCCACGAGUCAGAUCCUAAGCGGCCAUGGCGAACCAACUCCAAUAAAGAAAAACUGCUCCGGAUCGACAACGAGCUAAAACGACACUUGGACAAAGCUACAGACCUGAUCGCCCCUUUGUCGGAUGGAGAAAUGAGUGAUAUAAUAAAACAAAGUCGAGAAGAAUCUAUUACGACACGCCCUGUCGAGUAUGUCCGACUGGUAGAUACUGUAGAGGAAGCAAAGAAAACUUUAUUUAAUUUUCAGUACAGAGCUGUUUGCAAUAGUACUGCGACGGCGAUAUUACGAGAGGCGCACGCACCAGUUGAUCAAAACGAACCUCAUAAAAUCUAGCUAAUCCUGUUCGGAUUGCAGUACAAAUGUGUUAAAUAAAAAUAUUACUUGUUUACUCUUAAUGAGCAAUAAAUUUGUAUGAACAUUUCAUUAAAAGAUUUUCCCUAACAUUUUUAGUUGAAUAAUGUUAAUGUAACAAAGAUAAAAUAAAAAUAAAUUUCUGU